AUGGCACCGAUUUUAAAGAAAAAGAAGAAGGUGACGGCGAAGAAAACUGUCAAAAAAUCGAUUGUUCCAGAGGUUCCAGAGCUAGAAGAAGAAGUUAAAGAAGAAGUAAUCGAGCCGAAAGAGGAGGAAAUCGAGUCGGAAAAUGAGGAAGAUGAGGCUGAAACGAUGAAAAUGGAGACUCCAGAAGGCGAGGGAAUGGAGACGGAGACUUAUGAGGAUCCAGAGGAAAAACAGAAAAAAACUGGGGUAAUCUACUUCACAAUGAUUCCUCCGAAAUAUAAUGUCGCCAGAAUGCGUGAAUACUUUGAGAAACGAUGUCCCGGACAAAUUGGACGUAUCUUCUUGGCGCGAAACAAACACACGAAAAAUCCGCAAUUAAAGUAUUCGGAGGGUUGGAUGGAGCUGAAAAAGAAGAAAAUCGCCAAAGCGAUCGCCUCACAAAUCGAUAACACGCUGAUUGGUGGAAAGGGAAAAGAUCCCGUUUCGAGCAUGCUGUGGAAUAUUCGAUAUUUGUCCGGAUUCAAAUGGGUACAUCUAAUGGAACAACUGCAGUACGAGAAGGAAGUUGAGAAGCGGAGAAUGAAUGUGGAAGUGGCUCAGGCCCGUCGCAUCGCCGCCCACUUCGAAGAGCAAAUCGAAAAGGGAAAACAUUUGAGGAAACUGGAGGCGAAGGUAAAGGAAUCCGGAGGCAAAUGGGACACAUUCCAACGAGAUGUCGAGCAGAAAAAGGCGGUGAAAGUGAAGAAGGAACGGUCGAAACAUGUGGAGACCGAGAGCAGCGAACUCAUGAAUUUGAUCUUCCGAUGA